UUAUGAGGGGUUCCACCAUCCCUGUACUGAGUUCCUGGGUCUGUACACCCGCUGUGCCCAUUAUGAGGGGUUCCCACCAUCCCUGUGCUGUGCCCAUUAUGAGGGGUUCCCACCAUCCCUCUCCUGUGCCCAUUAUGAGGGGUUCCCACCAUCCCUGUACUGAGUUCCUGUGUCUGUACACCCGCUGUGCCCAUUAUGAGGGGUUCCCACCAUCCCUGUGCUUGAUGGUUGGACCAUCCCUGUGCUGGAGCCUAUUAUAUAGAGGGGUUGGCACCUCCCUGACUGGAGGACAUUAUAGUAGAAUGGUAGGACCUCUGUGCCUA